ACGCCUAUAUCGCCGAUGACGCCCAUGAACUACAUGGAUCCCAACAAUUCUAUGAUGUCCCAAUAUUCGACGAACCAAGUUAGCCCCAUGGAUCCGACACACUCUGCGAACCCCAUGAGCUCGAUAAGUCCAACAAGUGCCACGCAUCUGGCAAACCCUAUGGACCGGAUGAACCCAACGUACCCAGUGGACCCCAUGAGCACGGCCAACCCAACACAGUACAUGAUCCCUGAUAAUCAGACAGGUUUCAAUUUCUCAACUGGCCAAGCUGAUCCCAUGCCCAUGUACUCAGUCUAUCCAAUGGACCCCAUGGGUUCGGCAAACACAACAGACUCCAUGACCUCGAGUAACCAGGCAGGUAUGAUGAACUCAACUCAUCAAGCUGAGCCAACAAGCGCAAUGUACCCAGCGGAUCCUACAAAUUGGGGAAAUCCUGUGGACCCUGCUCCCGCGACUGUUACAAGUACACAACAGUCCGCGAGCUCGGCAGACUCAAGGAAGUCUACGAAUACGAUGGACCCCCCGCCAGUACCAGCUUCAGCACAAGCACAGACGGACACUCCAAGGAAUACCAGUAAAGGCAAGUCGCGUAAGAAGUCCAAUCCAAUUCAACUCAACCAUGCAAUGGAUGAGGGACUUGCGCAACCGAACCGGAGCCUAUCAAACUACCUGCUCACUGUCAUACCUCUUCAGGAUGAGGACAAACCUCUCCUUGAGCACUUUGUUGAUAACGUGGUGCGGGUAGUACUUCCCAUUCCAGAGAUCUACCCCGGGAAUCAGACACACGUGACGGAGAUUGUGAACUCGCUGCAGAAUAACCGUGCAUACCUCCAUUGUUGCCUCAGCGCAUCCGCCAUUCAUCUCAAGGCCUGCAGACGGCUGGAGGAUCAGGUGGAUCCUGAGAUCAUGGACCAUCGUUUCACUGCCAUCUCCCAGCUUUCACGAGCAUUAUUACGGGGUAACGGGGACAUGCAUGUCCUGAAUGGCACGCUCGCUCUGAUUUUCUUCUACAGUGCCGUCAGCAGCCCGGAGGAUUAUCUUCCCGAUAUUUCAUGGACUCAUCACUUCACCGCGGUAUGGAAUCUCGUCAAGAAGCUGGAUCGCCCACCAUCUCCAUUUAAUGUCUCUCUGAUUGCCUGGAUCGAUAUCCUGGGGUCUACCAUGGUGGGAAGGACUCCCGCCUUUUCACAUACGUAUCGCACAAAGAACAUGCGGGGCAUCAGUUCAGGGCUUGAACGACUCAUGGGCUGUGAUGAUCGCAUCAUGUACUUGAUCUCGGAGAUUGCGUGUCUUGAGGAUCUGAUCGCUGAUCCUUCAGCCGGGAUGGUGGAAGCUGAAAUGAGGAAACAGUUCGCGGAUCUCAUUGCACAGUUAAGCUGGACCGAACCGCCCAACAAGAACUUCGAGAAUGUCUUCGCCGGUAGCGGAAAGAUUAAGCCAGACAAGCUGACGAAGCUUAUAAGUGGGAUCUUCCGGACUGCUGCCCGCAUCUAUCUCUACAGUGUUAUGCCCGGGUUCAAUUACCACGAUGGUACGAUCAUGAAUUUGGUCGGCUCUAUUGCGGAUACUCUUUCGUACAUCCCGUCAGGCCCUCACGGUUUCGAUCGCUGUCUCGCAUGGCCAUUGUUCAUGGCAGGAGUACAUUCCGUGUCAUCCAGUCAUUUCCGCAGGGUCUUGACAGAAAGGGUAGCAGCUCUGGGCUACAAAGGGAGGUUUGGUAGUUUCGGCCAGAUGUAUCGGAUCCUGAAAGAAGUCUGGAAGGCAACAGAUGGACCCCUCACUACUCCUGAGAAUGUCAACCAGGCUCAGCAAGCAGGUCCGUCUUCGUCUCAACUUGCCAGAUAUGAUGAAGCUAUUGAGUUGGAAGUAUCCUUGGGGCAUACGCCUCUCUGGCGGGCGAUCAUGAAGCACAAGAAAUGGGAGUUCUUGAUCAUGUAA